AACAACAACAUUUACACCAAACACAUACACAAAACAUCAUUCUAAACUCUUUCGUUAAGAAGAAAAUAAAAAAUGGUUGAGAUUAUUUCAACGGUAGAGUCUACGGCGGCGAACUGUUUGAUGCUCUUAUCAAGAGUCGGACAAGAAAACGGUGGAGAUACAAAACGCGUUUUCACAUGUAAGACGUGUCUGAAGGAGUUUCAUUCGUUUCAAGCGUUGGGAGGUCACCGUGCAAGUCACAAGAAGCCUAACAAUGAGAAUCCAUCUGGUCAGAUAAAGAAACCGAAAACACCGUCGUCUCAUCGUUGCCCUAUAUGCGGAGUGGAGUUUCCGAUGGGACAAGCUCUUGGAGGACAUAUGAGGAAACAUAGGAACGAGAACGGCGGCGGCGUCACGUUGGUUACACGAGCGUUAUUGCCGGAACCUACGGUGACGACGUUGAAGAAGUCGAGUAGUGGGAAGAGGGUGGCUUGUCUUGAUUUGAGCUUGGGGAUGGUUGAGAAUUUGAAUCUCAAGUUGGAGCUUGGAAGAACUGUUUAUUGAUUCUUGUUUUUUUUUUUUUAAUUUUCUGGAUAUAUUAGUUGGUUUCUCUCAUUCUUUGAACUUUUCCUUAAUAUUUUAGAUUGUUACAUAUACAUCUGCAGAUUUAGGAAACUUUCAUAGGGUGUAAUAUUUUAUUUCCUAGUGAAAAUAUAUUUUCCUUAGCAUUGGUGUUUUGUUAUAUAUUAGUAUUAUCUUUCGCAAGCUAGAUAUUCCAACUAUAACCGUCGGAAAGUAAUACAUAGUGACAUAAUCGAAAAGGCAAGUGAUUCAUUCAAAAAUUCAAAAGUGUACUAGUGAAGUACUAGAACACUUGGUGCUGACUAAAGAAAAGACACUGUAUGCAUGUUGCUUCAUCCCAAUAUUUAAAUUAAACACAUAGACAUUCAAGUAUUCAGUUCAUGUUGAUUAUUUUGAAUAUCAUCUAGAA